AUGUCAGGACUGUUCGGUUCCGUCGCAGCCUCUGGAAGCACCUCUAGUGCUACAGGUGAUCUCUCGAAAGACGUCGCACUGUCUUCCCCGCCUGAAGAUAGUAUUUCUGAUCUUGCGUUCUCAAGUGUCAGCGAUCACCUUGCGGUCGCUUCAUGGGACAAGAAGGUCCGCAUCUACGAAAUCAACGAACAGGGCCAAAGUGAAGGGAAAGCUUUAUUUGAGCACCAGGCUCCCGUGUUGAACUGUUGUUGGUCGCCUGAUGGAACAAAGGUUGUUGGCGCCGGUGUCGACAAAGCCGCUCGCAUGCUUGAUCUUGCCGGCAAUCUCAGCAAUCCCGUUCAAGUCGCCGCACAUGAUGCUCCUAUUCGAUGCUGCGCCAUGAUCUCAAACCCAGGAAACUCGUCACAACCUUUGCUUAUUACUGGAUCUUGGGACAAAACAGUGAAAUACUGGGAUUUACGACAAUCGACGCCAAUUGGCUCGCUAGAUUGUCAAGAAAGAGUAUAUACGAUGGAUGUUAAGAACAAGCUCUUAGUUAUUGGUACAGCUGAUCGAUAUAUCAACAUCGUGAACCUGGAUAACCCUGGCAAAUUCUACAAGACAAUACAAUCCCCUCUAAAGUGGCAAACUAGAGUCGUCAGUUGUUUCGCAGAUGCGACUGGCUUUGCAGUUGGAAGCAUUGAAGGCCGUUGCGCGAUUCAAUAUGUGGAGGACAAAGAUUCAAGCUCAAAUUUCAGCUUUAAAUGCCACCGUGAAACCCCGCCCAACACAACCAAUAUCAGCAACGUGUACUCAGUAAACACCAUCGCCUUCCAUCCGACACAUGGAACUUUCAGCACCGCAGGGAGCGACGGCACAUUCCACUACUGGGACAAAGACGCUAAACAUAGACUCAAGGGUUUCCCCAACGUCGGAGGAACAAUUUCUAGCUCGACUUUCAAUCGUACCGGAAACAUCUUUGCAUACGCUGUGAGUUACGACUGGAGCAAAGGAUAUACUGCCAAUACCGCCCAAACUCCAAAUAAAGUUAUGAUGCAUCCCGUUGGUGCAGACGAAGUACGACCUCGCCAGGGUCCACGCAGGAACAGAUGA